CUCUCUUCCUUCCUCGUCCUUGUCCGGGCGGGUUGCUCGGCAUAAAUACCCUACCACACCUCGCUUCGCUGCACAAUGUCGACGACCGCCGCGGUGCACUGCGUCGCUACACUUGUCCGAGCCAACAAGCCGACUACCGCCAUCCACAAGAAGCCCACUUCUUCUUCCUCUUCCACUCCCUCCCCUUCCUUCCCUCGCCUCAUCAGGAACUCUCCCAUCUUCGCGGCCCCGACCACCGUCGCGCCCGCCGUGGAAAUGGAGCCACUGGAGCGGGUCCAGUCCGGGUUUGUGCAGUUCAAGAAGGAGGUCUAUGAGAAGAAGUCGGAUUUGUUUGCUGAACUCAAAGAGGGUCAAAGCCCCAAGUUCAUGGUGUUCGCAUGCGCCGACUCCCGUGUGUGCCCGUCCGUGGUGCUCAACUUCCAGCCCGGUGAAGCCUUCACCAUCCGCAACAUAGCCAACAUGGUCCCUCCCUAUGACCAGGUAAAGUAUGCUGGUGUUGGAGCGGCCAUCGAGUAUGCUGUGCUCCAUCUCAAGGUGCAGAACAUAAUGGUCAUCGGCCACAGCCGCUGUGGUGGCAUCAAGGGACUCAUGUCCAUCAAGGACGAUGGCACCACCAGCACUGACUUCAUAGAGGAUUGGGUGAAGAUUUGCCUACCAGCAAGAGACAAGGUGAAGGCUGAGCAUGCAGCCUUGUCUUUUGAGGAGCAGUGCACCAAGUGUGAAAAGGAGGCUGUAAAUGUGUCCCUGCAAAACCUGAAGACCUACCCCUUUGUGAAAGAAGCUGUAGAGAAAAAAUCAUUGAAGUUAAUUGGAGCGCAUUAUAACUUUGUCAAUGGCAACUUUGAGACAUGGGAGGACUAAACUCUUCCUUGUUUUCUUCAUGUUAAAGAGUUUGUAGCCAUGAUCUACAAUAAUCCUAUGUAUCUGACCACUGUGUUUUCACUGUAUGAUGUAUGGUUUGGUCCUUAUGGAUCAGAAUGUCAUGAAUGAUAUAAUAUCUAUGUAAGCCAAGAAAUGAAAACGUGUGAUGUACUGAGUCCUUCU